AUGGCUUCUAUACACCAUAACUAUGACCAUUUCCAUGACCAUGACUAUGAUUAUGACUAUGACCAUGACUAUGACCAUGACCAUGACUUUGACCAUGACUAUGACCAUGACCAUGACUAUGACCAUGUCCUUGGUGCAUCUUCUAUUUCAGUGACAUCCAUUGACCCUCUGGAAUUAAACUUUGAUACCGCAAACUUGCUCGACGAUUUUAUUGACCCUAUUGCUCAAUCAAAAUCGCUUCAACAGAUGCAAUCGCUUACUCCUCCGGAUUUCAACGACCAGUUGGUCUAUUCAUCUCUCUCUGACAAUUCUCCUCUAUCUGUGACCUCCGCCUCUAGUGAGAAUUCUGCAGCUCUCGCUUCUUCAUAUUCUCCUUCGUCCGCAUACUCCACUUCCAAACCUCCUUCAACGGCAAGUUCCCUUAACUCAAUCUUCUCCUUUUUCACAGAUUCUCAACCUUCUCGUGCUCCAGAUUCAUUCGACCUUUUUUCCUACACUUCUCCCUUCAAGGAUGAACCCGCAAUUGCUUCCGUUGAAACUGCUACUACUGUUUCCACCGAGCCUGCUGCCAUUUCUGCUCCUUCUACUGCAUUUCUACCCGAGUUUUCAGACCCUUUCGUCUCCAAUUCUUCGACUCUAUCUCGGGCCACCCCUCCAAUUGUUCACAAAUCGCCCGUCCUUAAAUCCCAAUCUUCCUCAUCAUCAAUUGACCCCUAUUUAUUUGUUUCCAAGACACUCAAUUUGAAUGCAGGUGUCUCUCCAGACGAGCUUACUUGUGAUCAGGGAAACCUGAGUCUUCCUGCUCUCUCGCAUAGAAAGUCCCUUUCGACUACAGUGGAUAAAGCUUCAGCACUUUCUGCUCCUGUUGCGUCCCCCGUGAAAAAUCAUCACGGUGUCCAUUCUAUCAAUGGUAAGCGUAUUAGUGAUUCUAGGCUCUCACUAGCGCAACUAGCAGUCGUUUUAAACCUCGGGGGAAAAAUCGAAGAGACCUCCAAAAGAGAAAAGCAGAUUCUAGCCAUUCUUAGAGACGAAUUGCAAUUCCCCCUAGGCGAAAAGACCUGGAUUCGUGAUACCCCAGUAAAUGUGAGAGAGAGAUUGAUGGACGAACUAUACGUCCGUGUUCAGGAACGUUUUAAUUAUGGCUAUAGCCAGGAUACACUAAGUGUCGUGGUCAGAAGAGCUAGUUAUUACCUUAUGCAAGGACGCUUGAGAAGGGAGAGAAGACUCUACCGCAAAAAAAACUGUGAAGGUACUACGCUUCCCGGCACUUGCAGUGAAAGUCGAUCUUCCUCGCGUCCUCCUGGUUCCAGCCCCGAAAAGGCCAUAAAUCUUACCCAUUAG